AUGGGUGAAAAGCCAUACAAGUGUGAACUUUGUGACAAAGGCUUUGCUCAGAAAUGCUAGCUGGUUUUCCAUAGCCAUAUGCAUCAUGGAGAGGAGAAACUGUACAAGUUUCCAGGGUGUGGACAUGCACACCAGUCACAUCUCCAAUUUCAUUUUAGGAAGCACAGUGGAGAAAAGCCAUAUGUCUGUGAUAGAUGCAGGCAGCGAUAUACACAGGCUAGUACCCUGAUGUAUCAUGUGUGGCAACAUACCGGAGAAAAGCCUUAUGUUUGUGACACUUGUGGGAAAGCCUUUGCAGUUGCAAGUUCACUUAUCACACAUUCAAGAAAGCAUAUAGGCGAGAAACCAUAUAUAUGUGGCAUUUGUGGCAAAAGCUUCAUUUCUUCAAGAGAACUCGGCAAGCAUUUUCAGUCCCAUACAGGUGAAAGACCAUUUAUCUGUAAGCUGUCUGGAAACUCCUACACAGAUAUAAAAACCCUAAAGAAACACAAAGGAAAGGUUCAUGCAGGUUCCAAGAACCCCUCGGAUCCCAUCACACUUGACCAUUCCUUCAAUGACCAAGACUCCAUUCCAAAUGAGAAGAGCCCAUUGCUCAACUCUGUUGAUGUGAAGCCUUCAGAUAUAGCAUUGCCUCUCCCCAUUGGGACAGAGGAUCAUGAAGUGCUGUUGCCUGUCACAGACAGCCAGUCUCCCCAAUCAGACACACUUCUGAGAUGUACCAUCACUGGCUAUUCAGAACCUCAAUUUAUUUUCCUCCAGCAAUUGUACUGA